AUGCGGAGAUGCGCGGCCACCACCCGAGGGCACCGACGGUAUCGAGGGAAUAGCCACUCCGCGGCCCUGCCGAGAGCUCUCCCGGCAGCUGCCCGUGCUCCCACCGAGCCCGCGGCCGCUCGUAACCGAGUUAGACUGCUGCCCCUCGCCCCGGGACCGACCCCUGCUGUCGGAGCUGAGUCCAACCGGGCAGGUUCCAGGGAGACGCUGAGGGGUCAGUUGGCAGCGCCGAGCCGGCCGGAGAGAAAGCUGAGGCAGCGGUGGCGUUGGGGCUCUCACGUGGUGCUGGCCUGGGCUUUGGUUCCAGAAACCUGUCUCCUCAGCUCACCCCCAGGAUCUGAGGACAAGAAGCAAGUUCAAAGGAUGGAUGAAGACUUUAAAACACCGGCACUUGACUCAACUCUUCAAAGUCCAUCAGAGACAUUACUUUCCAUUCGACUGUUAGACUUUAAAACAAGUUUAUUGGAGGCAAUAGAAGAAUUGCGUAUAAGAAGGGAAACAGAGAUUAAUUAUGAAGAUCAAAUAAGUAAAAUUGUUGUGGAGAAACAGGAACUUGAAUGGCAGAAGGAAACUCUACAGCAUCAGAUGGAUACAUUGAACCAACAAAACAAAGAAGCUUUGUCAGCUUUUAAAAAACAGUUACAGGCAAAGAUAUUUGCCAUAGAAGAAGAAAAGGGAAGAUAUCAGCUUGCUGUAGAAACAAAGGGAAAAGAAAUUGAUGGGCUGAAAGAAACAUUAAAAGCAUUACAGGUUUCAAAAUACACUUUACAGAAGAAAUUGAAUGAAAUGGAUCAAAAAUUACAGAUGCACUUAACAGCAAAAGAGGAGCAUCACAAGAAGCUGAAUGAAGUUGAGAAGUGUUAUGCUACUAUUGCAUGUCAGUUUGGAAUCAUAAAAGGUGUUCAUGGGAAACUAGAGCACAGUGUACAGGAAGCAAUACAGCUCAAUAAGAAACUAACAUCAGUGAAUAAAAGACAAGAGACCAAAAUAAGUAAUCUGAAGGAAGAACUGAAGAAAGUAACAGCAGACUUGAUAAGGUCCAAGGUCACAUCUCAGUACAGGGUGGGAGAAGAAAACAUCAAUCUUGUAGCAAAGGAAAAACAGUUUCAAGAACUGCAACAAAAAAUCAGAAUGGAGAUGGCCAGUAGUAAAAAACUUCAAGAAGAAAACCUUCACAUGAAAGAAGAAAAGCUGGAAAUUCUCAGUUCUCUACAAUGUGUACAGGAGCUUCUUCAGCGAAUAACCCAAGCAAACGUUAGAAUGGAAAGUGAAUUAAAUGCACUGAAAGAAGAAUAUCAGACCCUUGAAAGAGAUAAUGAGCUGCAAAGGGAGAAGGCAAAGGAAAAUGAAGAAAAGUUCCUUAAUCUUCAGAAUGAGCAUGAGAAAGCACUAAGAACUUGGAAAAAAGAUGAGGAAAACAUGAGAAGAGAAAUAGAUACUAUUAAAAAUGAGCUGAAUUCCCUUAAAGGAGUCCACAGACAUCUUGGAGAUGAUCAUCCUCCUCAGGGAAAUCAUCAUUCCGAACAAGGAGAAAAUCUGCAGAUGCAUUCAGCAGUUCAGCUCAUACCAAUGAAUUUGAGUAGCCAAGAAUGUUCAAAAGACAGUGAAAUUCAAGCUAUUCAGAAAGAAAGUGAGUGUAUGCAAUCUAUAAUAAGAAAAGAAAAUAAUUUUGGACGUGAAGAAGAAACUGAAGUAAAAACCACAACGGACUACUCUUUAAGCACUGAGGAAUUGCAGAUAGAACAAAAUUUACAAGUUCAUGAAAACAGUUUUAAGGAUGAAAUUCAUCUUGCUAGCCCUUAUGAAGAAAAACAAAGGGAGGAUUCUCCCAGAAGUACCCUCUGCACAGAUACUGAUUUAAUUACUGAAGGACAGACCACAGAAACACAUGUCACUGAGUGUAAAGAAGCAGAAAAUCUAGGAGCAACACCUAGAAUGUUACUGGAUGAAAACAACGCAAAUUUGGAACAAGAGGCACAGGGCAGCACUGAGCCAUUGGCAGCAUGCCACACAGAAACAAGAAAGGUCUCUUCAGACAGUACUGGCACUGUAGGUGCCUACAAGAAAAAUGGAAGCCAGGAGACCGACUCUAGCAAGCAGGAAUUUUGUGAUACUAUAGCUGAAUCAGUUUGUAUUGAGGCAGAAAAACAAUCAAAUGCCAUCCAACACAACAGAGGUGUUCUUACACCUGAAGCAGCCAAACCCAAGCCUGAGGCAGUUCUUUGCACUGAGAAGAAUGCUGCAUGUGACAGAUGUACAGAUAGUAAUCAAACUAAGGAAUUAAGUUUUGGCAUCUUACCUUAUGUUAAAGAACAUUCUCAAACAGAAUACCAAAAAUGUAGCUUGCUGGACAAUGACAGUUAUGGAGGCAAUGGUUUACAGAGAGAUAAACUUCCUUUUAAACAGACACAGAUAGAUGCUGAAGACAGAAAUCAAAAUGAUAAUGCCAAAAACAUAACCAGAAAUGUUGCACUGAGAAGUACUGGUGUUCCAGCAACUGAUGCACAACAUCUACCAAAUGAUUAUUUUGAUAAUGUAAGCAGUGAUGAUGCCACAAAAGAUCACAAUGAUAGUAUGUCUGUCCUAGGUACUUUCAAUUUAUGCCCCCCCAAAAUAGAAAGAAGAAUAAAUGUGAAUAUGUGCAGCAAGCAAGUUGAGCAAGACAGUACUGAACAAACAGGGAAUGCUACACAUACAUGUACUUUGAAUACUAAAGCUGUAUCACCAGUAAAGUCUGAUGGUCUUGAAAUAAUUGCUCAUAAAAAAAGCCCAACAGGUAGGAUUAGUACAGAUAAACUAAGUCCAUGUAAAAAAGUUAACAAUGAUAUUCAGAUACACUCCAUCAAAAAUGGACAUCCCAUGGAGAUUAAUAAUUCAACAAAUAACACAUUGUUGAAAGAGAAAAAAGACUCGCUGAAUAGUACAGUUCCAGGAAGGAAGUUUACUGAGGGUCACCUGAAAGAAUCAUGCUCUUUACCCAUGAGAACAUCUGGAAAUUUAGUAAACACAAGUGGAAGGUCAUCCUUUGAUCUUUCAACCUCAGAUAAAAAAGCUGAGAAAACUCCAGUAUACCUAAAUUUUUUAGACUUCAGUUCUUGUUUAAGAGUACAUAAAAUGAGAAGUCAAGCUAUGUGUACUUCAGCUUCUAAGGAACCUCUUCUUUUGAAAGAAAAACCACCAUGCUUACUGGAAAACAAAAUGGUUACUUCAAAAACGCAGUGCCAAAAUCUCAAUAAGAACGUUGAUGGAAGAGAAAUAGCACUAGGUUCCACCAGUUUUAACAGAGUUGCCAACACUUUGAAUACCUCUAGCAUCCACGGAGACCCCCAGGGAGACUCUAGUGAAGAAUGGAAUGCUACAGCAAAGACUUUUUAUGAUUCUUCUUUUCCCACAGAACAUGUGAAAGAAGGAGUUACUACUUUACAGCACAAGCAGAAAUCUUCUCACAUGACUGUAACUCCCACACAAAGUGCAAGUGCCCUCAGAGAUGAGGAAAGUUGUUCUGUUCAUAACUCUACUAUACAAAACCAAGAAGAAAUUGAGAAUUUCCUGAAUUUGGAAAGACUUCAUUCAGCAAGAAAAAGAAAAUACGAAGAAAGCCAGUGAAGAUCAGUGGCAGGAGAUGAAAAGCAUGUCUUUUAGGCACUUUUAGAUCAGUCACUUACAAAAACAGAUUUGUAAGAUAUUCCUAUAGAAUAUGGUACAUAUACACCGUGCUUUCAUAUUUAAUAUGUUGUAUAGACCGUCUUCUAUGUUCAAAAAUAGAUUAAAUCCCUACUAAUAACAUUAGUUGUUAUGGGUUUUGUCCUAAGUUAAAAAG